UUACAAUUCCCUUGCAAGUAGUAACACAUUGAAAGUGCAUACUGACUUGCAGUGUUGUUGUGGUGAAAUUCGUGUAUGCAUUUAGUUCCUGAAUUCGAAGAUGGCAGAUAAUUACGUCACCCCACUUUCUCACGAUCGUGAAGACUCACCACCAUAACUUUUCCUCCUUAGUCACGCCAUCCUGAAGCGAUCGAUACAAUCAACGAACAUCCACCUCGCGUAUCUCAAAGCAAGCCUUUGAAGUCACGUAUGCUAGCUCGAAGCACACGGUGGCUUUCCAGGGAUUCAAUUGCAAGACCUUUUGCAUCCUCCAGCAUCCUCCUGAAGCCAUCCACACAAUACUGCGCCAAAAUGCUACACUCAGCCUCAACGCCCGUGCCAACCAACAACUCCUCCAGGAAGAUCUUCGCACCAACAUCCAACUCCGAAGACCCCGGCCACGCAACCCAGUACACCAAAGGCGCGCUCGACCGCUCCGACCUCCUCCCCUCACCCACCGAUCAAUUCCACGCCUGGUUCGAAGAGGCCUCCAAAUCGGGUGUCUACCAGCCUGAAACCGUAACCUUCAGCACGGCCUCCCUGCCGUCUGGGAAAGUAUCCGCACGUAUGGUCUACAUGAAAGAGCUCGACUCACGCGGCUUCGUAAUCUAUUCCAACUGGGACACCUCGCGCAAAGCCGCCGAUGUAGCCAGCAACCCACACGCCGCUCUGACCUUUUGGUGGCGCGAACUCGAGCGCCAAGUCAGGGUCGAAGGGCGCGUUGAGCGUCUCACUUCAGACGAAUCUCAGGUCUACUACGACACGCGGAUCCGGGGGAGUAGGAUUGGCGCGUGGGCGAGCCAGCAGAGUAAAGUGCUGGAGGGAAGGGAGGAGCUGGAGAAGCGAGUGGAGGAUGUGGAGAAGCGGUUUGAAGGGAAGGAUAAGAUUCCUGUUCCGGAGUUUUGGGGUGGGUUGAGGGUGGUUCCUGGGGUUGUGGAGUUUUGGCAGGGCAGGCCAAGUCGGUUGCAUGAUCGGUUUAGGUAUGAGUGGGUGGAGAAGGAGGGGGGCCAGGGGGAGUGGAAGGUUGAUAGACUGAGUCCGUAGAGUGUUGAGUAGGGUGACGAAUUGAGGUUGAACGUGAAAGUGAUAUAUUCUGAUUAUUUUACGAAUCUUAGUAUGAACUACAAA